GGGUUUGACAAGAGAGAUUGUGAGACUCUUUUCGAGUAGUUAUCGGAAUUUGUAAUCAGCGGGUACGUGUAUUUUUAAGACAAACAAACUGAAAAUGGUUUGCAAAGAUAAAAGUGUGGCCUAAGGGAUUAACAAGUCAUUCAAAACAAAACGCAUGCUCCAGUUAUUUAUUUACGCCAACAAAGUAUUUAGUCAUACCUGUUUCAGAAAAUGUUCUGCAUAAACUGAAAAUGGAAAUACAUUGAAAGCGAAGCACAAGACAUAUAAAGGACUUACAAUAUAAAGGCAGCAACAGUGACAGAACCCCAAAGAAACUGCACCAUUAACAACAGACAUUAAUGGUCAAGGUCAAGGAUUGGCAGAUAACAUCGAGGUCAAGCAGCAGCAAUGUCGCACAACCCAGACUACUACUUCAAGGAAUAUGGGCUCCCUGCCAUGCCGGAUCUCUCCAUCAACAUGCUACAGCUUGAUCCUGCAGAUAGGGCCGUCCACAGAAUAGCUGAUCAGAGAGAUGCUGUACAAAAGAAAACAUUCACAAAAUGGGUCAACAAACAUCUUCUCAAGGCUGGGCGUCGCAUUGUGGACCUCUUCGAGGGUUUCAAGGAUGGACACAACCUGCUGUCGCUUCUUGAAGUACUGUCAUCUGAGACUCUGCCUAGAGAGAGGGGUCGUAUGAAGUUCCACCAAAUUCAGAAUGUACAGAUUGCACUGGAAUUCCUGCGAAGGAAAGGGAUACGACUCGUAAAUAUACGUUCCGAUGAAAUAGUUGAUGGAAACCCCAAACUGACCCUAGGCCUUGUAUGGACCAUCAUCCUUCAUUUCCAGAUAUCAGAUGUGGUGGUCCCUGGCCAACCUGAGGACAUCAGCGCAAAGGACGCUCUGUUGCUAUGGAGUCGACGGACCACCGACGGUUACCCGGGGGUCCAGGUGCGAGAUUUCGACCAGAGCUGGCGUGAUGGCAAAGCAUUCCUCUCCAUCAUUCACAGAAACAGGCCAAACCUGAUAGAUUUUCGACGUGUCCAGUCCCAGACCAACCGACAAAACCUCGAGCUCGCCUUCUCAACUGCAGAGAAAGAAUUUGGAGUCACACGCCUUCUUGAUCCUGAAGACGUGGAUGUUCCGAAGCCAGAUGAGAAGUCGAUCAUCACCUACGUCUCCUCCUUGUAUGACGUGUUUCCAGACGUCCCCUCUGUGGAACAGUCACUCAAGGACAAUGAGCUUCAACUGAAAGCAGAAGAAUACAAGGAACUGGUUGUCCCCCUGGUUGCCUGGUUACAAGAGGUCAUCAUGACCUUGUCACAGAGGAAUUUCCCUCUCACUCUCAUAGAGAUGAAGUCCCUGCUGUCCGACGUCAAUCGUUUCAAGAUGGAGGAUGUCCCCCCUCGACUUGAGAUGAGGAAAAGGGCGCUGAGACUUUUCGACGAAAUCCAGAGCUCCGGUGCGUCCCAACUGGCCUCUGAGGAUGAACUCUACCCUGACAACGUGAAUCGACUCUGGCACAGGUUUGAGUCAGCACUGCAAGAUAGGGACAGAGCCAUUCAACAAGAAAUCAUACGAUUGGAGCGUUUGCAACGGUUAGCAGAGAAGGUCCACCGAGAAUCAAAGAACUGUGAGGACUGUUUGAAUGACGUGGAGCGUAGAAUUACUGAAGAGGAGCAUAGAAUUGACUCCCUGCACCCUUUCGAGGUCAAACGGAACUGUGAUGCACUUGACCGCGCUCUUAAGUCUGUGGAGGAAAAUGUGCGGUCACUGCUGCGUGACGCUCAGGCAUUGCAAGAUGGCAGAUACACAAAUGCUGACAAUAUAUAUAGGAGAGUAUCGGCACUACAAACAAGAACUUCCCAACUUCGUACCCAGCUCUUCAACAGCCUGAUACAGAAGAUAAUCUCAAAGUCAUAUGUGGAGGAAGGCAUAACAACAACUCGCAAAAGGGAGGUCAUCACCGAAGUUCGACUGGUGGAGAGUAACCCAGCAUUCCAACAUAUCCAACAAUGCCUCAACUGGAUCGAGUCAAAACAGACUUCGCUCCAGGCCCCAGAGUUCGGUUCCGACCUGACUGCGGCGCAGAUGAGCGCCGAACGGUGUCAGCAGGAGCACGCGGAGAUCACGGGAUUUAAGAAGCAGAUUGACAAGUGUAUUAGAGAUAGAUUAAAUCUUUCGGCUGAUGAACAAGAUCUCUAUACAGAAUGGUUGUCAAAAGUGGAGGUGGCGUAUUCUCUCCUGCAUAACAACUCCAUCCGUCGUGUAAAGUGUGUCGAGUCACUGAUGGAGUUCCUGCAGGCGGCUACCCAGGAGCUGAUGUGGCUCCACGAGAGGGAGGAGCUGGAAGUCACACGGGACUGGAGCUCCAGUAGACUCAAUGUACCCGCUAUAGAGGACUUCUAUAAGGGAGCCCCCAUCUAUGCUGAAAAUGUCGGACAGAAUCUUCUUCAUGAGAUGAAAGCGAGAGAGACACAGUUCAACUCGGUGCAGGAUCGGGGCAACUCCCUUGUCCUCGACAGACACCCUGCCUCAAGGACUAUAGAGUCCUACAUGGGGAGCAUGCAGUCCCAGUGGUCGUGGCUGUUGCAGCUGUCCGUAUGUCUGGAAGCCCACGUGAAGAACACCACAGCUUACUACCAGUACUUUGAGGAUUGCCAUGAAUGUGAACAAUGGAUGUCCAGACAAGCCGAUGACAUAAAUAUCCGCUACAGCGAUGAAGGCCAGUCGGUGGAACUGUUGCAAACUCAUCUCCGAGAGCUACAGGAAAUCUCAGACCAAGUGUCCGAAUAUGAACGGCGGGUAUCUUCCAUCACCCUGCGCAGUCGUGAUAUCAUUCCACUAAAACAGAGAAGCAAAGAGAAACAGCCAACCUUUGCUGAAAUCAGAUGUCGAUGUCUGUGUAUAUACAAGCAGCCUCCGAUGAUGCUUAACAAAGGAGAGGAAAUAACUCUCUUGGACAACAACCAGAAAAUUAGAUGGAGGGUGAGAAACUCAUCAGGCCAGGAAGAUCUUAUUCCCUCGGUCUGCGUCCUGAUCCCGCCACCCAACUACGAAGCCAUCGAAUACGCCGACCGCCUGAAGAUCCAACUGGACCACCUGCAGAGUCUCCUGCGACUGAGAAAACGCAAACUGCGCCACAACAUCGUGCUGGGAACCAUCCAGAUAGUGCGAGGCUGGGACCUGGCAACCUUCCAGGGUCUAGACCCCAUGAGACGUGAAGCACUCUUGAGGGCACUCAACGAUGAUGCGACCAAAUUGAUUGGCGAGGUCGGUGAGGGAGAUCGGGACAUGCGGCAACUGAGAGAUCGUCUUGCGGACUGCAAUCAGCACUUUAAUGGUCUCUUUGCUGCUGCUGGUGAUGAUGACCUGCGCAGGACUCAAGGUCCUGACCGCCAGUUCCUACAGCGACUAGACUCUGUGAGUUUCCAACUGAGCUCCCUGGACCAGGACCUGCAGGCUAGAGUACAGCAGCCCCUACCGUACAGCCGUGCAACCAUUGAGGGAGCGCACAGGCAGCAACAGGACUGGGAGAGAGCCCUACAGAACCAGGAGGGCCCGGCUGAGCAUGUGAAGGUAACUGUGCGGAGCCUAGCAACCAGGAGCCCCCAGCUGGACUCCAAGGUCCAGUCGGUAAGCGACACCUGGGAACAGAUGAUCACCCUGGGAAACACUUAUGCUGAAAGUCUGAAGUUACUGGACACUUGUAUCUCCAAACAAGACAACAUUGCCACCUUCCUUGCUGAUCAAGAAGUGGCCUUGACCUCUCAACAGGGCAUGAACUCUGACCUUGGUAAACUUCAAGGUCAAAUUGAUGAGUUACAGGCGAUGUCGUCUGCUCUCAAGGGUCGCCAGUCUAUUCUCGACAGCCUGCAGACUGACACUGACCGUCUUCGCGCCUCAGUCGCGCUCUGUCGACCAGGGUCAUCACGGCACCAUGAUGUCGAGGAUAUUGAAAAGCGUGUGUCGGAUCUGAGAGCAAGAUGGGACACAGUGAAAGAGCAAGUGCAAGAAAGACUGGUCAGUACACAGGAAGGCUGUGACUCGCUGGGUCAGUAUCUGAACGGUUUCCAUGAGGAGGAGCAGUUUGUAGCGCAGACCCAGUCUAAGAUCAACUCACAGCCGGCAAUGAAUGGCGACCUGGACCAGGCCAAGAAACUUGUCAAUCCUACCAUGGCCCUGUACAACUCCUUGGGAGAGCACCAGCACCAGAUAGAGGCAGUUAACCGCCAUGGGGGCCUGUACAUCCGAGAGGCAAAGAUUUAUGAGAAGAAGCUGCAGCAGUUUCAGGAAAGGCUACAGGGUCCCCAGGGAGCUCAGGUCACGGUGGAUGGGGUGCGUAAACGAGCCCGCAAGACAACGGGUGCUGAUGCCCUGAAAAACCAGCUGGACAAUCUGAACAGACAGUACAUUGACCAAGUGCUCUGGGCUAACAGGAGACUCCAGGAGAUCAAAGAUAUCUUCUCGGCAAACAAUAUUGCUGUGCAUUUCCCCACCCUGGUGACAGACGAGGUCCCACUCCUGCGGACGUUUCGAGCUGAGCUUACAAAGCGCUCAUCCAUGCUGGUGGAUGAAGACAUGCAGGAGUAUUUCACGCAGCUUGCCGACUUCGAGGGAUAUGGUGGUCUGCAAGCCAUGGGCCACACGGGUCAAAUGUUUGGAAGCCAGACUGCGGUCAAUGUGAGCAUCCUGCCCGAAACAGCAAUGAGAGCUCACAGUGCUUCUGUCUCUGUGACGGCCACAGCAACAGCUACUGCCUCUCCAUCACCAGUGAAAUGGAGGCUGAAACCAGCAGCUGUGUCAAUGGAGAGGUUAUCAAACAAGGUUGCUAGUAUUUCCAGUCUUACUGGUGCUGAACCAGGAUCGUUUGAUGUGACUGAUUCAGCUGAUAGAAGCCAGUCUGCGCAAACCCUGAUAACUGUGAAGCAGGGAUGCCUAGCUCCAAAAGGAACGUAUCUCAAUGUUGUGUCAAUAUUAAAUCCAAGCACUGGACGGAAAGUAACAUUGGCUGACGCUAUUAAACUUGGUGUUUAUGACAGUGAAACUGGAACUGUGUAUGACUCAAGAAUUAAGAAAAGAAUGAAUGUUACUCAAGCCGUUGCAAACAAAUAUAUGACCAGUGAUCUUAUGCGCCAGCUAACGGCCACAUGUGGGAUAUGCGAUCCGUACUCGGGUAAUGAAUGUACAUUGUUAGAAGCCAUACAGAAAGGCUUGUUCAAUCCGACCAAUAACUCCAUGAAAGAUCCAAAGACUGGGACAUGUAUUACUCUCCAAGAAGCGGUGGCUAGAGGUCUUAUGUCUCAUGUCGACAUGACCAAUCUUAUCGGUGAAGGAGAGACCGUGACCUUCAUUACACAAGCACAGGCUGUAUUUUCUGAUAGUGAUCUGGGAGCAACUACCAUGACAUUGGGAUUAGGAGAUCUUCUUGAAAGUGGACUGUAUAAUCCACAGACAGGAAAAGUACUAAAUCCAUUGAACGAUACAGAAAUUACACUCAUUGAAGCAGUUGAGAUGGGACUGGUAAAUCCAACUAGGAAAGAAAUCAAAGAUGCAUCUACUGGGAAAAUGAUGACCGUGUCUGAAGCUGUUAAUUCUGGUAUUAUUGACCCACAAAGUGGGAUGUACCUGAACAAAUCUAGUGGCCAGAAACAUAAACUGGAUGAUGCUUACCAGAGAAAACUGAUUGUUAAACUUUUAUUGCUUCCAGAGGCCAUGCAAGAAGGAGCAAUCUUAGAUGAUGGAAUGGUUAUGGACAUGCAGACUGGCAGGACAAUGUCUUUCAAGAAUGCAAUUGAACUUGGAGUAAUUGAUGCAAAUUCAAAAACAAUUGUUGAUUCCAAAACUGGUGAUGUGCUGUCAGUGACUGAGGCCAUUGAAAAAGGAUUGAUGGACAUUCAAGGAACUGUACAUGUGAAUGGAAAAUCUUAUACUCUGACUGAAGCUUUAAACAAGGGUUUGAUCAAGUUAGUGAAAGAACAACUGUCAUUUAGUCAACUAUGUGUACAAGAUACUAGAUCUGGCACUUUAAUAAGUAUUCCUCAAGCAUUCAAACAGGGCAUCAUCACAAGCAAUGGUGAUUUUGUUGAUACAGCGUCAGGCAGGAGAAUUUUGCUAAAAGCAGCUUCAGCUCAAGGUCUGGUCACCAAAGAGGCCUAUGAAAUGCUCACACGAGGCACUUCAAUGAAAGAUUCAAGUGGUCGAAAUAUAUCUGUGCUGAAAGCUGUUCAAAUUGGAAUGUUGCGCCCAGAAAAAGCUGAAGUCAAAGACCCAAAGUCUGGACAGGCCCUAUCCCUGCAGCAGGCUGCAAAAGAAGGAAUCAUUUCCACUGAGGAUGCUCAGCUUGUUUUUGAAUGGCUCACUCCAGCUAUUGCACACACUACAGUUACAACUCGCUUGCAGCCUGGCCAGCAGGAGGCAGGCAUACGUUCCAUAUCAGUAUCCGAUGCUGUUGCCAGGGGCCUUUUGAAUGAGCAGACUGGAACAUUCCGUGAUCCAAACACUGGUGCUUCCAUGCCAGUCAAAACAGCGAUUGAACGAGGGCUGCUGCGUUUGUCCUCACAGUGGCCCCCUGAGGUUUCCAGAAAGCCUAGUGAUCAGGUGGAUUCUGUAUCAUCAGCUGAGGCAGAUAUUGAACGCUGGGUUCGAGAGAUAAAAUCCAAUCCGGAGAUGAGUCAGCAGCUACUCACCACUGGCAAAGCUACAGUUGAAGCUAAGCUUGCAAGAAGAAAAUCAGGUGAUGGAAACUUCUCUUUUACACAAACUGUCGUAACCAAACCAAAAGUAACAGAGCAUGUUGUGUCUGAGACUAAACACUUCAAGGUUAAAUCGGUUGUUGAUCCACGGACUAAAACGGAAAUAAGUGUUAAUGAGGCUAUACAUAGGGGGUUACUGGACAUGUCUAAAGGUCUAUUCAUACAUCCAAUCACAGAAGAGAGAAUGUCUAUUGAGUCUGCCUUAUCUAGAGGCUUUGUGAGAGGUGUGGAAGCUUCUGAGCCAUCCCAAGGAUCAGUGAAAGAGACAAAAGCGUUUUCUAUCGUAGGCGUAAUCCAUCCCCGAACAGGACAAAAAAUACCAGUGAGCCAGGCUGUCAAAGAAGGUAUUCUGGAUUUAGAGCAAGGACUUUACUGUGGAGUUGACUCCAAAGGAAAAAUUCAGAAGUUGAAAAUCAGUGAAGCUGUUGAAAAAGGUUUUGUAGUAACUGAUGAUGAUUCAAGUAUAAAAGGCUCUGGGGGAAUCCUUCAUGAAACAAGAACCUAUCAAUUGAAAUCUGUAUACAACCCAAAGACAAAACAGAAAAUUGAUGUUGCCGAUGCAAUCAAACAAGGCUUGAUUGACGAAAGCAAAGGACUGUACAUUCAUCCAUUCAGUGGUGAAAAAUUUUCUAUACCAGAGGCUAUAGAAAAGAAGCUUAUCGAAGCUGAACUUAUGUCAGUUAUUUCAAAUCAGGAGGGUGAGGGUAGUAAAAUCAUCACAACUAAACAGACAACAUUGAUGGUGAAAUUUGUUGUUGACCCAAGAACUGGGGAACAUCUUUCAAUAACUAAAGCUGUUGAUGAGGGAAUUCUUGACGGAAAAAUGGAAAAGUACAUUAACCCCAUGACUGGUGAAGUGAUCAGCCUAAAUGAGGCCAUUGAUAAAAAGCUUGUCAUUACUCAGCAAGCAGCUAUAGACAGAUCAAGUUCUAGUUCAACUGAAAGCAUCCAUAUCGGGAAUGAAGAGGAAAUAGUGGAAUCCAGCAUGGUGGAAGAGAUUUCCUCAGAAACAGUCACCUUCAGCAUCAAUAGUGUCAUAGACCCGAGAACGAUGGAAAUGAUGUCAUAUGACGACGCUAUACGAUAUGGCGUGUUGGAUGUAUCUAGAGGACUUUACAGAAACCCUUUGACUGGUGAAACAACUCCAAUAAACGUUGCUUUAGAAAAAGGUCUCAUCCAUGGAGAGGUCACUUCAAAGGUUAAAGAAGAAGAUAAAUUACUCAGCACUGUAAAUGCUAGUAAUUCUUCAUUCCCAUUCAAGAAGAUAUCUUCCGUUGUUGAUCAGAGUGAUGGAAGUGAAAUUUCUUUAAUUAAAGCAGUGAAAGAUGGAAUUAUCGAUGUGGAAAAUGGAACUUACUUUGAUGUGAACACUGUACAAAAUAUUCCAUUAGAACUGGCCCUGAAAAAGGGAUAUAUUAAACUGUCAAAAGCAACAGAUGCAAGUGACAUUGAAAGAAUGCAGAUUAAAUCAGACAGAAAGGCGUCUGAAAGAGAGCAACGUCGAAAAUCUACGGACUCUGACUUGCAAUCUACUGUUGAUAUGAAAAUGGAGAAGUUCAAUGUUAGUGGCCAGAAAGGUGAAAGCGCAUUUGCAGAUGAGGUUCUGAAUUAUUCUACAGCAGUUGAGGACAAAGAUGAAAGAAAAGGGCCACUGGAGCUUCAUCAGCAGCAGGGAGUUCGGACAUGGAGACAACAAGAAAUGGCCGUGGUAGACAACCAAUCUGCUAGUUCACGGUCAGACUCUCCCAUUGAGGAGUCAUUAGAAAGCCUUCCACUGACUGAUGGCAUGUCAUUCCAGUCAGCUAUGAAACUGGGUUUGAUUGAUGCAAGGUCAGGGCGAAUAAGGGAUCCUGAUACUAAAAAAUACAUCACAAUACAAGAAGCCAUUGAUAAAGAUGUUCUAGAUGAAAAUAAACCAGCCAUGAGAGACAUUCUCACUGGACAGAGCUUGACAUUGAGGCAAUGUAUUGAUAAAGGAAUAAUUGAUCCCAGGACUGGAAAAGUCAAUGAUAAAAAGGCUAAAGCAGAGAAAGUUGCUUUUAGGCCUGAUAUUGAUGUGAAGCAAACAAGACCCAAGCCACUAAACUUGUUAGACACUGUGGCCACUGGACUUUUUGACCCAAAUACUGGAAUGAUUACGGAUCCAAGAUCACAAAGAAGUUACACACUAAAAGAAGCACUAGCCCAACACAUUAUAGAUGGAAACUUGGUGUCUGUUCUUGACCGGCAAACUGGGGAUAGACUUACAUUAGAAGCAGCUGUGAAACAAGGUAUAAUGGAUGGUGUAACAGCAGAAGUGACGACACAUCUGGGUGAAAGGUUGCCAUUAAUGCAGGCAAUACAAGACGGGUUAGUUGACAAUGUUUUUGAUAAAGAAACAAGUAAAUUCCAUGAUACCCUGACAGGUACAGAUGUUCCUUUAGAGAAAGCACUGACAGAAGGCCAUAUUAGAUCCACAGAAGCUCAAGUUUUUGACACCAGUACAGGGGAUGUCAUUCCACUGGAUGUAGCCUUUAAAAAAGGUUUGGUUGAUGUAAGAACAGGAGAAGUGACUGACAAGGUUACUGGAAAGAAAAUGUCACCAAAAGAAGCUCUGAAGUUGGGUUUGCUUGCAAUUGUUGGUGCUCCUGUACUCGCUGGUAAAGCCGUGUAUGAUGCCAUCAAAGAAAACUCUGAAACUGAAAGGAAGCUCGCUGAGAAAAAGCAGUUUAGUCCAAGACCCCCUGUUGUGGCUGUGAAUGGCAAUAGUCCAAGAUCACCAGUUGCUGCUGUGAAUGGCAAUGGUUAUUCAUCAACAGAAUUCAAUGGUUCUCAAGCUCACAGAGUCAAUGGGGUAACUCCAGUCAAUGGUGACAUGCAUCUUCAGCAUACAGAAAACGUCAGAGAGGUGUUGCAGCAGCCUAGAACAACCAUCAUCUUUGCUAAACCAGGUGACCAAAUAAGGCCAUCUCCACCACAGUCACUAUUCACAGAGCCAGCAUCUUCGAUGGAAUACAAGGCUGCUGAUCGCUAUACUGGGCUUCCUGGCACUGGCCCCAGGGAAUUUAUUUCAUCCACCACCACUACCAGGGAAACAAGUGAAAACGUCUUCUCUGUGCCCUCCACUUCCAAACCAAAAGAUCUGAUCAUCGAUUGGUCAGCCGGCAAGGUUAUGAGGUCAACAACUGGUGAGACCAUAAGUGUCGCUGAAGCAGUGCAGAAAGGAUACCUUGAUACUGACACUAUUGAAGAACUUGCUGAAUUGUGUAUACUUGAAAGACCGGACAUUCUCAUCAAUUUUGAUCAUGGUACCAUACAAAACAAAGUAACAAAAGAGACCAUGACUAUUACUGAGGCAGAAAACAAGAAUUUGAUAGAUUCUCCAACUGCCAACGCUCUGAGGCUCAUGUGUGGUGAAUAUUCUGACGAGACAGUAAGAAAAGAACGUCAGCCUGGCAUGUUGAUUCAAAAACUCACAUCUGACAUGAGAAAAGAAGAUGAUGAAACACGAGUUUCAAAGACAUCACAAUCUGUUCCUGGUGUAUUGAAGAAGACGAGCACUCCUGUAAAAUCACCAAAGAAGAAAGUUACCUUUAAAUCUCUGAAUGAAUAUUUUACAUCUGAAUCAUUUGAAGCAUUGUCAUUUGUUGAAGCUUUUAGAGAUGGUUUGAUAAAUACUGAAGAAUCUUACAUUGUAAAUCCCCAAAAUGCUGAGGUAAUUAAUCUGAGAAAUGCAAUUGAUCAGGAUGUAUUUGACUCAAAUUCAUUAGAGAUUGUUCAUUCAGUAACAGGACGUAGAUGGAAUCUUAAGGAAGCUUUUAUUGAAGGACUUAUUCCCCCACCAGGCAAAACCAUCACCAGGACAAUGCAGUCGGGCUUUGUUACUAACAAUUUCCAGUACCUUAAUGAUAACAGUGAUCAGCAUAUACACACGGCAGUAGAAACACAUUUGAAAACCUCCCUUACUGAGCCAAUGAUAAAACCUAGAGGCAUAACAUUCCAAGAAUCAAUUGAAAGAGGUUUAGUUGAUGAAAAGGCUGGGACAUUCACAAAUCCACUAAAUGGUGACAUUAUGUCUAUUGCAACAGCGAUCAAAUAUGGCUGGAUAUCUGAAUCUGGAGAACCAGUAAAUAUUGAACCUGAAAGAAAGUAUGAAAAAACUAUCAUUGUCAAUCAGGUUGCACCAUCAGAUGAGCUGAAGAGAUUGUCAUUUACACAGGCUCUUGACCAAGGUUUUAUUGAUCUAGCAAAGAGUCAGUACACUGAACCAACGACCAGUAAUCGAAUGACAAUCCUUGAUGCAAUCAGAGGUCAGCUUUUAGAUACAACAUUAUAUGAGGAAGAAACAGUCACUGGAGAAAGUAUGACUUUGAAUACAGCCUUAGAGUCUGGGGCAUUUGAUGAAAAAACAGGAAUGUUUAUGAAUAGAAGUACUGGUGAAUCAAUGACCUUAGGGGAAGCUGUUAAAAGAAGAUACAUUGAUGGCAACUCUUCACUUUAUGAUGUUAAUUCUGGGAAGAUGUACACACUGGUUGAGGCAAUUGCUAAAGGAAAAAUCGAUCCAAUAACAGGAUCUUAUGUGGAGGGUUCAGCAACCAAGGUGUCAAUGAAGAAUGCUGCAAAGAAAGGUCUAAUUGCUUUGAUUGGAGCUCCAUAUUUGGCAAUUAAAGCGGCCACAACCACUAGAAAGAAACAUACUGAUGCUGUUAACAUGAAUACUCUGACCCAAAAACAAAAACAAAAUGGGCUGGACCAGAGGUCAAAUUUACCUCCUGAGAAAGAACCAAUUUCUAUUGAAGCAACGAAAGUUAAUGUUGUUGGACCAAACAUUCUUGAAGUUACUCAAGUGAGAGAACUCACAUCAGUCACAGCAAAGGACACUGAAAUGAUGCAUUUCAUGGAAUCAGUGUCAAGUGGGUAUCUGAAUCCAGAAACAGGAAUGUUCCAAGACCCUGACUCGGGUAUGUACAUGCAUUUGAGAAAAGCUGUAGACAGUGGUCACAUUCAUCCAGAAUCUGUCAAACUGCAGACCCCUUCUGGUCAGUACAUCAAUUUAAGGGAUGCACUUGAUACAGCUUUAAUAGACAACACUGGUCAUCUUGUCAAGGACAGCAGGCGGGGUCUUGCUGAGAUGAUGAACGAAGGUCAACUUCAUGAAACAAUUCCAGAAGUUCAUGCUGCUGCCAGUUUGGUGAUGAAAACCAAAGACAAGAUUCAUGUGCAAUCUGUGCAUGAUCCCAGACAAAGAACAUCAUGUAGCCUUAGUGCUGCACUUGACACAGGCCUGAUUAAUCCUCAUGAUGGUACAUACACAAAUCCAAAAACAGGAGAAGUCAUGGGCAUUGUUGAAGCCCUGAACUUUGGAUAUAUCCAGGGACAGGUCAUGGACAGCAUUACAAUGAAAGAAGGCUUGUCCAAAGAAGGCUUUAAAGCAGAAGUGACAUUCUCAGAAAAGAAAAAGAUGAAGGUUGCUGCUGUGUUAGAUAUGGAAACGGGAGAUAAACUGUCUCUUCAUGAAGCAAUUCGCAAAGGAAUUAUUGAUGAAUACGAGGGGAAAUAUAAAGAUUCAAGAACAGGGAAGAGUAUGUUUUUAAAUGAAGCAAUGGAUCAGAAUUAUGUCACAGCGAGUGAAGUAGAAGCAAAUAUGAAUUCGUCUGAGAAUUAUCACAAGACGUCUGAAAAUACUCUUUCACAGACACAGUCUUUUGAAAUUGAUACAAUUGUUGAUCCACAAACAAAGGAAUUAUUGAGCAUUCCUGAAGCAGUAGAUAAAGGAAUACUGAACGUAGAAGCAGGAUUGAUCCGGAAUACUUACACAGGUCAAGAGAUGACUAUUUCAGAUGCUAUCAAGUAUGGCUUUGCAAAGGGGUUGCAGACAUCAAGAAAAAGUGGUAUAUUUACAGACACUUUGCCUAAGAGAUAUAUUCAUGAGAAAGAAACCAUGCAUAUAAAGUCAGUAUAUGACCAAGAUCAGGGACGCUUCAUUUCGGUGAAACAAGCCAUUCAAAAAGGAAUAAUUGAUGAAAAGCUUGGCUUAUAUGUUUCUGAUGAUGGUUCUACAAUGCCUAUUAGUAAAGCAAUUUCAGAGCGGUUGAUUGAAGUUGACAGUUCAGAAACACAGUCUGUCAGCAGUGAGAAUAGUUUCAUUCAAGAAAAAGUUUCGUACACAAUUAGAUCAGUAUUGGAUCCCAUGUCUGGCAAUAGAAUUGAAGCUUCACAAGCAAUAAAGAAAGGUUUGUUAGACUUGAAGAGUGGCUAUUAUAUCAAUCUGAAAACUGGAGAGAAAUUCACAAUACCUGAUGCAGUGAAUAGAGGAUUUGUUGAAGCAGAAUCAACAAGUUCUGUUUCCUCGCAAGCAAGUUCUUUUUUGAAGCCUGCUAGUGUGCAGAUUGAAAUGGGGAAAAAAGCUUACACUGUCAAGGCUGUAUUGGACCCGAGAACAAAAGAGGAAAUGUCAGUGACUGAGGCAGUUUCAAAUGGUAUUCUUGAUCAGUCUAUGUGUAAGUAUUUUGACAGACGGACUGGACAAACCAUUUCACUGAGAGAUGCAGCGCAAAAGGGACUGGUGGUUAUUGACGAAGUCAUGACUGUUCCAGUUUUAACUGACGUAAGGAGAGAAACAGUAACUGUUAAAGCAAUUAUAGACCCUUUAACUGGGAAAGAAUAUAUUUUGAAGAAAGCCAUAGAAAAAGGAUUAUUUGAUCCUGAAAGGGGUCUUGUCUAUAAUAGGCUUACAGAUCAAAUGAUACCGCUUGAUGAUGCUGUGAUGCAAGGUUUUGCUAGAGUAGAACAUGGCCCAGAAAUAACUGAUGAAGAAAUUGUCAAAGGCAUAGUGGUUCAAAAAGUAAAAGACCCAAUGACCGGAAAAGAUCUUGACAUAUCUGAAGCAAAACGAAGAGGAAUUUUGGAUUCAGACUCUGGUCACUAUGUUGAUUUCAAGACUCACACAAGAAUGACAGUUGAAGAUGCAUUGAAAAAUGAAUUGAUAACUGGUCAUCUUGCACAACAGUAUGGAACAGAUAUUAAAGAUCGCAAACAGGUCAUUCUCACACAAGCUGUUGAUUCAAGAACCAGUGAAAAAGUGAGUGUUACAGAUGCUGUUCAAAGAGGAAUAUUAGACAAAGAUUUGACAACAUACUAUCAUGGUCGCUCUGGACAGACAUAUGACAUGGAAGAAGCCUUGCAGGCAGGGCUUGUAUCAGGAACAGUUUCUUCGGAAAAAACGUCUAUGUCCCAAUCGACCUCACCAACAAAAAGCACCACUUACAACAUUAUAUCUGUGCUUGACACUGCAAAUGGCAAGCAAGUUGGUGUUUCUGAGGCUUUAAAACAAGGAAUUCUCGCUCCAUCUGGUAUGUUUGUUGACACAAAAGCAGGUCGUGUGAUUCCUGUCUCCGAAGCCAUAAAAGCUGGUCUGGUUAAAACAGAAGUUAAAGACAAAGGCAAGAAACAACUAAAGUAUGACACUGUGUACAAGAUAGAUGCACCAGGAACAGAGCUAAAGGUUGUAACUUUCACUCAAGCUCUUAAGAACAAAUUUAUCAAUUGCAUGGAUGGAACAUUUACAAAUCCAUUUAAUUCUAAGGUUGUGUCUGUUGAUGAGGCAAUAAUUUCAAAGGUUCUAGUGUGUGAUGAUGGUAAACCAUUCAAAUACAAAGCCCCCAAAAAGGACAGGGUUACAUAUAGCUUGCAACAGGCAUUCAGAAGUGGUUUAAUUGAUUCUGAAAGUGGCUUAUAUUGGGAUGUGAGAAAAGGGAAGUCUUUUGGUGUUGAGGAAGCUUUGUAUAACGGCUAUUUGUCUCCUCUUGUCAAUAACAACUUCCCUCGAGGGCAGGUUGUGAGUAUAGUGAAAGGUGCUAUGAGUAAGCCACUGACAUUUACACAAAUGGUCAUUGAAAGUCAUCCUGUUGUUGAUAGUAGUGUAAAGGAAGAUAUGACAACCAGUUCUGCUGAAAAAACGAAUGGAUUUCAAGAAAUUGUUUUUACACCUACAACACCAAGUUAUCAAAGAGAGUCAAGUACAGAGUUUCUAGAAACACCAAGCAGUGAACAGAGUGGAUCAUUUGAAUCUCUAUCCAUCAGUCUUACAGAGGCUCUUCUGGCAGGUCUUAUUGAUGUUAAAACUGGGGAGUAUGUUGAUCCUCAAUCCGGUGAAAGUAUGUCAGUUGAUGAAGCUGUUAUCUGUGGUUUCCUUGAUAUGGAGCAGUGUGAAUUUAAUAUGGCUGAAACAGGUGAACAUAUUGAAAUGCCAAUGUCCAUUUCUGACGCUAUAAUGAAAGGAAAGAUUGAUACAGAAACUGCAAUGUUUACAUCACCACAAGGACAAAUAGUACCUUUGCAAAUGGCCAUUCAUGCAGGCUUUAUUCAGCCAAAACUUUCUUCAGAUGACAUCGUUGAUGGUUCUAGCAAUUUUAUGGAAAGAAACAAAUUGAAAUCAGAUGAAAUAUUACAAAUCAAUGAAGGGUCUCCUUUUUCUCCUAAGCAUGAACAAGUGUUCAAAGAUGGAAAACUUGUUUCAAAGACUGCUACAGAAGUGGUGGUGAAUCAAGGUUCAGCAACAUAUGUUACAAGACCUGGCUUCUUCAUGGAUUCAACUGGAAAAGUUGUCAAUUCCUUGACUGGCCAACGCCUGAGCAUCACAGAGGCUUUGAAAUGUGGAAUUGUGGACAUAGAAGCUGUGGAGGGCACAGGGGAAGUGAAGUUGGUUGGAAGUUUUCAACUGCCACCUAAUCUGGAGGGAAACAUGGAUCUAGAAUCUGCGAAUCCCUCCAAUUCCCUGGUGACUUCUUCUGUCUUUGGUCCAAAAUGUGACCUUGGUGACUCUUGUGUGACCUUGUCCCAAACUUCUCUUGAUAAAAAUUUUAGUUCCAGUGAAGACUCAAAAUCUUUGAUAUUCUCUAACAGUUUAAACACCAGUUUCACUGACUCUGGUUCUGUUCAGUGUAGAAGUAAAGUUCUCAAAGCAAAUGGAUGUGAAAUUAAUUUGACUAAAUAUAUGUUACCUGGUAAAUUAGAUUCUGAUGAGGAAGCAGAGUUUGAAAUGAAUAGAAUGUCAAAAUCUGAGGUUGUUGCAUACACUGAAUCAUUGUUGGAAGAUUUUUGGGACACCUCAAAAGAAAAAUGGAUUCAUCCAAGAACAGGGAAAUGUGUUCACAUGCAAGAAGCUAUUGACUGUGGACUUAUUAGUCCAGAACUAUUACAAGUGAAACAAGCAAAUGGCAAAACAGUAAAUAUUCAGAAGGCAAUAAAUUCGGGUCAAAUAAACAUUCAUUCAGGAAAGACUAUUAACUUAAAGACUGCUUUAAAUUGGCCUUUUCAUGUUGCUGUAGCAAAGGGAUUAAUUAAGGUCAGUGAUAAUGAACCAAUUGGAAAAUGUGAUAUGUAUACAGAAUUAGGUCCUGGUUUGGUUUCAUUGAUUGCGCAAAAAGAAAUUAUCAAAGAAACAAAAAUACUUGACCGAAGACUUGACCAAUGGGUUGAUAUUUCACAUAGUGUUGAAUCUUUCAUUUUUGACACUGAAUGGGGAAAGGUUAAAGAUAACAUAACUGGUAAAUGGAUGACCUGGAAUGAAGCUAAAGAGAUAGGACUUGUUCUAGAUCCUCGCAUUGGGGAAGUGGCUUCAAGCUCUAAUGAAGGUAUUGUCAAGCUUAAAGAAUCAGACAAACAUAUUGUGAAUCUUAAAGAGGUAAAAAGUGAUGAUGGUCGGAAAGAAUAUGGAGGGCAUAUACUGUUUAAUCAAAAUCCUUCAAAAUCAUCUGUUGGAAGGAGGCAUUCUACUGAUUUGGUAGAAAAAACAUCUAUGUCUUUUGUCCAGAGAAGAUGCAGUUUAGCUAUUACUGAAAAAUCAUCAACAACCUUUCCAAUUAUGCUUGACAUGGCAAUUAGACAAGGCCUGUACAACGCAUUAACUAAUACUCUACAUAAUCCAAAAGAUGGAAGUAAAAUGCCAUUUGAGGUAGCUUUGCAAAAGGGACUAAUCCACCGGGAAUCACUUAUACGAGAUCCUGUCAGUAGAGAUAUUAUUUCAUUACAAGAGGCAAUUGAAAACAGAAUUAUUGACCCUGAGUCUGGGAAAAUGAUAGAUUCAAAUGAGCAAGCCAUAGCACUCAAUUUUGCCCUCAAUAUUGGUUUAAUAAUGAGGUCCCAGUCUCCAUUAAAACUUUCAUUAUCAGAAAUUGUGGAAGAAGGUCUUUUUGAUGAAGAGUUAGGGACUUUUUUAAACCCAGAUAACAAUGAAGAGAUCAGCUUCGGUGAAGCAGUUACAUCUGGUUUGAUUGAUCAGGAUUCGAUUAGAGUUAGAGAUUCUAAAACAGGCAGAGUUUGCAAACUUGACUCAGCUCUUGAUAUGGGACUUUUGUACUUUGAUUCUGGUGUUUGUGUUGAUAUAGAUGGUGGAAAAAAGUUGCCCGUUUUAGAAGCUUUAGAAAAAGGCAUUUUAAUUGAUGUCACUAAUCAACCAAAGCUUACACUUAAAAUCACAUUGGAAGACAGUUAUUUUAAUCCUAAAACAAAUAUGUUCAGAGAUGAAGAUCUUGGUGUUGAUAUCACAAUUGGAGAUGCUAUAGAAAGUGGAUUUCUUGAUGGCGAUUCUGCGUUAGUUAGAGAUCCCAAGUCAUUGACCGUCAUGACUCUGGAUGCUGCACUUCAUGAAAAUAUUAUUGACCCAAUCAGUGGAAAAUAUAAUAGUGGUGGAAUAGAAAUGGGAUUAAAUGAAGCAAUAGACAAGGGACUUGUUCUGUUUAAUGCAACACAUGGAGCUUUACCAUGUUCAGUAAUUGAAGCAAUUAGGUUCAAUAUAUAUGAUUCAAAAUCAAAGACUUUUGUAGAUCCAAAAUCAGGGGACGUUCUUAGUCUUGAAAAAGCAAUUGAGGUAAAAUUAAUAGAUCCAAAGAAAACCAUGGUGAAAGACACUUCCACUGGACGAUUCAUUUCUUUAAUGAAUGCAGAAUACUUGGGAAUUGUGAACACAAAGUCAUCAGAAAUAACAAUGUUGAAAGAGGACGAUGUCUGUGAUGUCCAAGAAGCCAAAUCCAAAGGCAUUCUUCGAAGGUCUGCAAGUGAUGAACAUAUCACACUGAAAACUGCAAUAGGAAAAGGUUAUGUGGACCAGAGAGGGAAGAUUUUUGACUCCUUAUCCAAAAAGAAAUUGAAUUUAGCAGAUGCAAUACUUGUGCGAGUAAUCAAUCCAGGUCCUACCUUAGUUAAAAAUGUGAAGACUGGUAGUUUCAUUCCAAUUGUUGAAGCAAUUGCUUCUGGUAUAAUUGAUGAUGAGCAUUGUACAUUUACAAAUAAUGAAAGUGGCAAAAUUUCAAGUCUCAUUGAUGCUGUGGAAGAAGGUUUCAUCAUCGAAAUUCCAGUUUCAGGAUUAACGAUUGCAGAGGCUUUACAGCAUGGAUUAUAUGAUGAAAAACUUGCUUGCUUUCUUGAUGUAAGAACAGGGAAAACUGUCAAUUUAGUGGAGGCAAUAGAACAAAGAUUGAUAGAUCCCUGUAGAAGACAAGUUGUUGUACCAGGAACUGGUUUAUUUUCUUUAAAGGAAGCAUUUGAUUUAGGAUUCAUGGAUGAGCUCACAGGUAAUUAUUUGUUUGAAGAUGAACAGAUCAGUUUGCAAGAGGCAGUUGAUAGAUUUUUACUUGUGACUGUUGGUAGCAAAAAACGAAAUAAAACAAUGUCAGAUUCAUGUUAUGAACAGGAUGACUUCUCCAACUCUUGGAAUGACUAUGUUGUUAAAGACCCCAAUGAAAGAAGGUUUUUGAAUAUGGAAACAGCAAUUGAAGAAGGAAUAAUUGACAUUCAGACUGCAAGCUAUUGUGAUAUGAAAAAUGAUUUCAUAAUACCCAUGUCUGAAGCUAUAAAUGCAGGCUUUGUUGUUCAUUCACAUAACCCAAGACUGGGCCUUGCAAGUGCAUUUAACCUGGGCAUUUAUGAUACAGUUAACAACACAAUUUUUGAUCCGUCCACAAGUCAGGAGAUGUCCUUAUCUGAUGCAUUGAAAGUUGGGCUAAUUGAUGUGAACAGAACAAGGGUGAAAUGUCUAGAGACAGGCAAAUAUCUAUCUUUAAAGCAGGCACUGAAGAAAGGCUAUGUGAGUGACAAAACAGGUUCAGUGUUUGAUCGAACUCAAAAGAAGACCUUCACUCUAGACAUUGCAGUUCAUCAAAACUUGAUGUUUGAUUUUACCAAAGAAAAGUUUACUGUUCCUGAGGGAUUGAUGUAUGGGAUGUUGACCCAUGAUGGCCUGAUGGUGGAAGAUUUAAACACUGGAAAUUUCCUUACAUUUGAUGAUGCUGUUGAAAGGGGGAUUAUUGAUGCCUACAAUACCACAGUGCAGAAUAUAAAUGAUGCCGGAAGUGUAGACAUUGAAAAUGAUAGUAUGUCACUGACGCAAGCUAUUCAACAGAACCUUGUAGACGAAAGUAGCGGGUUUUUGAAGCUGAAGUCUGGAAGACGAAUGUCGCUAGCUGAAGCAGUGAACAAAAGUUACAUCAUAGAAAAAAGUCAGUUACCGAAGCAAAUAACUGAUACUCAUGAUAGUUUGACAAGUUCUUUGGAACAUAGCUCUCUUUUUGAUGGUAGUGAAUUAACUGUGCUGCAAAGAUCACUUGAAAACGAGCUGAAUAUGAAGGAAAAUCAGAUUUCUUCAAAUUGUGGGUCAUUAACAGACAUGGACAUGACUGGUUCUGUUAUGAGUGACAGAAGUGACUCUGUUAGUAGUCCAAUAAGGUUUGAUGAAGCUCUUAAAUUUGGCUUCUUGGACCUGGAGAAUGGAAUAUUUUUUGACUAUCUCUUGGAUGAAAAGUUGCCUAUUGAGAAAGCUGCCAGUCAGGGAAGGCUGAGUAUUAAAAGGGUAUUUUUCAAUGACCCUGUCAUGAAUGUUAUGGUUCUAUUGAAGGAUGCUCUUGCAAAAAACCUGUUGUUUCAAGUUGAAGAGUGCGGUUCUGAGUCUGUGAUUGUAUCAAAAGCAAAACCAAUGACUUUUAAACAGGCAUUAGACCAAGGUCUGCUUGUUAUUAAAUCUAAACAUUUCUCUGGUUCUGAUGAUGAUGUAGAUCAGCUUAGUGUUAAGAGUGAUACCUUCUCAGAAUUAGUGAUGAGUAACACAAAUCUUAACUGGCUAUCCACCAACAAAAAUGUGUCCUCUUCAUUGGACUCUUUGAUACAAAAUGUGAAGCACGAUCAAUCAGGAUAUCGGAUCGGGACUCUUUUUGAUGCUAUUGAAAAAGGCUUGUUUGAUAGUGACAAAGGUUUGUUACAAGACACAUUUACUCUGAAAAGGCUCAGUAUAAAAGAUGCAGUUGCUAGUGGGUUAAUCAACAGCAAGAAUCGCGAGGUGAUCGAUCCAAAUAAAGAUGAAUGCAUCUCUGUUGAAGAAGCAAUUAAUAGAAACAUUAUAGACUCUGAAACUGGAAUGUACAUUGAUCCACUAACUGGCAGUCAGUUAAAGUUGUCUAUUGCAAAAGAGGCUGGAUAUAUUGUGAAAAGCCAAGUCAAAUUUCAGUGUAAGAGUUCUGUGGAGAUUUAUGUUGAAGAAAUAUUAACGAAUGAAGGGUUAAAGGGUAAAAACAAAUACCAUGAUGCUUUUUCAACAGGUGUACUAAGCCGAUCCAAGUCAGAAGUAAUUGAUCCAGACACAGUUAAGCCAAUAACACUGAAAAGAGCAGGAAGUUUGGGAAUGAUUGAUGUGAAAACUGGAGAAUUCAAGAAUCCACAUUCAGGAGAUUCAUUCUCAUUAGCAGAUGCAGUUGACAAAGGUUUUAUCUUAAGUCCGAAAGGUCUGAGCUUGUACAGUGCUGUUAAUCAAGGACUUUAUAAUGAAAACACAGGUCACUUCAAGAGUCCUGCCUCAGCAGAUGAAACAACAUUGAGGGAUCUGAUUGAAAGAGAUGUGAUUACAGAUAGUUGCAAGGAAGUAAGAGAUGUUGAUAAAGAUGGCGAAGUUAUUAAACUGAGGGAAGGAAUCAAGAGGAAAGUGAUUGAUGAUAUUGGCGGGAAAUAUGUUUCCAAGCAGGCAAACUUGAAUUUUCGAGAAGCUGUAUCAGCUGGGUUGAUCAUUAGCAAUAUUCCUCGAGAAGGCUUGAGAGAGAGUAGUAACAAUGUUGAAACCAUCCCUGGAAUGAAACCAGAUGAAAUUUGGAAAGGAAACCUUAGGAAACAAAUAAGUGUCAGACAAGGACCAACUGUUAAUUUUAAGCCAAGCAAACAGAGUAAAAGUAAUGAUCAAAAAGUUUCAAGUUCAACUUCAAGUAUGGAGAGUAAUUCUUCUGGAUAUGAAACUAACCAUUCACAAAAUCAGUUUGGACAUGAUGAAUCAGGUUUAAAGUUUGUUGCUGAAGUGAGUCAUUUAAAAGCCGUGCAUUUUAUAGAUGAUGCAGAUAGUAAUUGCUCCAAAAGCUUGGCAGAUUCUACCGUGAACAAUAAUAAAUUAUCAAAAGGACCGGUCCAUGGGGUCUGUGUAAUUGUGAAUUCCGAACCAACUUCAAGCAAUAGAAAUAAGGGUGAAAUGGAAAAUGCAAAUCAAGGUCACACAGGGUCAUUCAUGGGUCAAGGUCACAAAUUGUUGGUUUCUCCUCAAAGGAAUAAAGAAUUCUUGUUCAGCCCUGGUCUGCCCCCAUCAGUGAAGGAAGAGCGGCAGCAACUCUCGGAUUCACACGAUAAGCUUGUGUCCGACCUGCACAAUGAACUCAACUGGGUCUCGGACGUGGAGCAGCUCCUGAAGGACGACCAGCCUGUGAGUGAGGAGGCUUACAAGGCACAGAGUCAGCGGGAAGUACUCAAGGCGCUGUAUGAUGACGUACUCGGCCACCAGCAGCCUAUCCGCUCCCUGGUCUACCAAUCAGAGCAGCUCGUGGAACACCACCAGGAGGAGCUCACUCCUGAACAGGUCACAGAGUUACAGAACCUUGAGUCAGUCAUGAAGACCUCCUAUGGAAAGGUACAGAAGACGUGUGAGUCCCGUAUGAAGCACCUUUCAACAGCUACGGAUGAGCUUACCAAAUUUGAAGCGGAACUGAAAAAGUUUAGCUCCUGGCUGGGAACCACAGAACAGGAAUUGCAAAGGCAGAUAGAGGCCAUACAGAUAGUUGAUGGAGUGACCAGAGUGAAGGAUCAACACAAGGAGAUGCAGUCUGACAUCAUAGCCCACACUGCAGAUCUGCGCUAUCUGUCCUACCCAUUGAAAACAUACAUGGAGGAAGCAAAGGCCCACAAGUUGGAGGCUAGAUGCGUACAAGGCAGACCGAGCCAAGCCCAGCCGCAUGAGUCGCACCAGCUUCAUUUCCAUGGACAACAAAGAGGUCGAGGUCGUCCUAGAGAAGCAGAAAGAGGCUGAACUCGCUACAACGAGCUCAAGUCUGAGUGUAAUAAGUUUGGUGACAAACUGACCGCUCUUGUCAACAAACAGAAGACCUUCAAUGAGUCAACAUGGACGAUGCUUUCUUGGCUGACAGACACAGAGGAGAAGCUGAGUAUGACGAGACAGGAAUCAUCUGCUCCAGAACCUGAAGCUCUGAGAGAGGCUCUUGAAAAGAUGAAGGCUGUCGGAAAUGACACGAUUGCUCACAAGAAUCAGAUGGCUGAGUUGGAGAAGUGUGGUAAAGAGGUGAUCACUCAGAUGGCAGAACUUGGAAUACACGGUGAACAGAUAGCGAAGAUCCAGGAGAUUAUUGAUGACAUUGCUGGCAGACACGAUAUCAUCUCUGAAGAGGUGAACGAAAAGGCUAAUGAACUGCAGACAGCUGUGACCAAAUCGCAGGACGUGCAAGAUGCUGUUGAGAACCUGCUAACAUGGUUGAAGGACACUGAUCGUAAAUUGGACCUACAGAAACUGGUGAGUUUGAAUCAGGAGAAGUUAAAAGAACAGGAACAGCAACUGAGCAUCAUUGAGAAAGACAUUGAGAGUCAUCAACCCAGUGUCGAAUCUGUGAAAUUAGCUGCGCGUGAACUUAUUAAGACCUGUGAUCUAGACAUGGCUAAAGCCCUUGAAGGUAAAAUAAAUGACAUUUCAACUCGAUUCCUUGGAGUGCAGAAAAAGAGCAGAAGUUCAUUAGCACAGGUAAAUACGGUAUCUGAAGGCUUGCAGAGAUUCAAUGAGAACCUUGAUGUUCUAAGAGCAUGGGUUCAAAUAAAUACAGAUUCCUUGGAGUCUUCAGAGUGGAGUAAGAAACCAAUAGACCAACUAAAGAACAAGGUGGAUGCUGUUAAGCUUGAAAAAGAUCGCCAGAUGCAGGCUGUGCAGCAGCUGAAGACUACAGGGCAGAAUCUGAUCCAGGAUCCGAGAACCAGUGAUCCUAAUGCCAUAAAAAUGGCGUUGGCCAAUAUGGAUCAGCUGUGGGCAAAGUUUGAGGAAUGUCUCAACGAAAGGGAUGCAGAGGCAAGCCUUAAAGAGAGCAGAGAGAGCGACUAUGAAUGUAUGAAAGAUGAGGUUGUCCGAUGGUUGUCCGCCAUGGAGACGAGUGUGGAUGCUUUCGAACCUGUAGCCGUUGAUAUGGAUAUUGUAUCCAGGCAGAUUGAGGAACUGCAACCAAUGAUUCAAGAGCACUACGAGUUUUCCCCACGUAUUGAUGAACUGAAUACUGUCGGAAACGCAUAUGACGCCAUCCAAGCAGGAGACUCACGGCCCAAGAGCCCAAUGAGAUUCAGAACGAGGCGGUACCCUAGUAGCAUGACGUCACCACGGAUACGCAGCCCCUCCCCCACGACAGGCUCGUUUCCUUUUGGCACAGAACUCACAAGUCCAAUGUCAGCCUCCAGUGAUUCUAGUGGUGUUGGGAGUCGAAAAAGCAGUUCUGAUUUCCUUCACUUAGACGCAGACCUCUCCGAGACCCAGCAGGAUCUUGUGGACAUGAAUCAGCGUUACGAGAUGCUUGAAGAACGUCUACUAGAUCGCCAACAGGAGCUCAAGGGCAUGCUGGACACGGUCAAGUCAUUCCUUCAAGACCUCGCAGACGUUCUCAGCUGGUUGGACGCACGGGAACGAGAUCUGGAUGUAGCAGUUGCUGUAGCAACCAGUGAAAAAGAGGCUAAGCGCAGGCUGAAAGAACAUGAGAGAAGCCAUGCGGAAGUUCUUGCGAAGGAGACAUUGGUGGAGGACAUAAGGCGUAAGGGACAGGACCUGAUCAAGAGAAAACGUGGGGUGCCUGGGAUAGAUAUGGUGCAGCAACAACUUUCCGAACUCGAUGACAAAUGGCUGGGAGUGAAAGUGGCUUCCGAGCAACAACGCAAGCUUCUGGAGGACAUUGUUUCCGACCUACGUACAUACAAGGACGCGGGUGUGCAUCUUCAGAAGUGGAUUGCCCAGAAAGACAAGAUGGUCGCUGUCCUGGGCCCGGUGGCUACAGAGCCUUCUAUGAUAAAGAACCAACUUGAACAAGUCAAGGUCCUGCAAGAGGAGAUGAAAGGCCAGGAGCCGUUGUAUGACAAGUUCAUCCAGUCAGGCAACGCGGUGCACGACAAGUGCGUCCCGGACUCCCAGGACGCGGCCCACAUCAGCGAGAAGAUGACUGUGAUCAGCAAGAGCUGGGAGAAGCUGGGGGACAAGUUGCGGGAAAGGGAGAGCAGUCUGAACUCUGUCGAGGAGUUGAGUCAGAACUUCAGCGACACACUUCAGUACCUCACGGCAUGGCUCGGUGAUUACAUGACCACGCUGGACCAGCUGCCACCAGUAGCAUCCAGCCCUGAGAAGCAUAAGGAACAUCUGAAGGAAAUUCAUGAAUUAGAGUCUGAGCGUAAGAAACAUGUUCCGAUACUCGACCAGGCAAAGGAAAUCGCCAAAAAACUGGCUGACAACACAAAAGAUGCCAACACCAAGUUUGAGAUCAAGAACAAGAUUGCCAGCAUUGAGAAACCUAUGUUUGAAGCUGAGCGGAAGCUACAGACAAGAAGUAAUGACCUCUCUAAGGUGAGCGAGCAAGGGGCCAAACUGCGUGCCUCUUGUCAGGACCUGGUGGCGUUGCUUGGAGACCUGGAGCAGAAGGCCGCUAAGAAUGAACCAGUCUCCGGUGAUCCAGAAACCUUGAAAGUUCAGGUGCAGAAAAAUAAGGACAUGCUACAAAAUCUGAACAACUUAACUCCAGAAAUCAAAGCCCUACAGGAACAAGUCAGACAAUUCGGAGACACCUCCUCUCCUGAAAUCAAAGCCCUUCUUGAAACGUCUAAAACCAUAGAGGCAAAAUGGGAGGCACUGAAAGAAGCCGCUAACCAAAGGGACGAACAACUCGAAGCCAGCACCAAGCACACUCAGAACUUCCAGGCGCAGUUGGACAAGAUGUUGCUAUGGUUACAACUCAGCGAAGGAAAACUUGACGGCUUGACUCCUGAUGAUGCUGAACAGACUUCGAUUGCUCGCAAACUGAAAGAAGCAAAGGCGCUUGAAGGGGACAUGCGCAGGCUGGUGUAUGACCACGAGCUGCUAAACCAGGAGGGGCAGUCCCUUAUGGAGACUGUUGACAGUGAUAAGGGGCCUAUCAGGGUCCGUCUGGAGGACAUGAACCAGAGAUGGGAGAAUCUCAAUGAAGGUCUGAGUGAGCGUGUGCAAGGCCUAGAGGAGCUGAGUAGCAGGCUGACAGAGUUUGAGGACUGCAGUGUGAGCCUGCAGCAGUCUCUACAGGACCUCGAGGAGAGGCUGGACGCUCACAACAAGCUGGGAUCCUCGGCCAAGGACCCCCUCAACAAGGACAAGAUCAAGGCCAUGAAGGCUGCAGCCUCUGCACUGGACUCUCAGCUGGACUACCUGGAUGGUCUCCUUGUCAACAUGGAGGAUGCAGAUGGCACAGUGCCUGCUGGGAAGGUAGAGGCUGCUAAGCAACGUCAAGCCUAUCUGCAGCAUCAGAUCGCAGAGCUCCUACACGACAUGGAGGCGGGAACACAGAUUGUGGAUCAGUUCCAGAAUGCCAUACAGAGGGCCAACAGUGAUGUCUCUGAGCUGGAUACCAGUCUAAAGAACCUGGGUCCAAUAGGGCGUGAGGAAACCAUUCUACAGAGACAGAAACGGGAGACUGAGGAGUUCAUUUCAAAGGUCAAUGACCUUGACAACAUGCUGGAUGACCUUGAGUCUCAGUAUGACUCCCUGAAGGCAGACGGUUAUGUCACACCAUCUGGCGGUCUUAAAGCUCAGCUUGACCAGCUGCGUAACCAGCAGGAGAAACUGCGUGAGAAGAGUGAAGAACGUCUACAAGAGGUACAGACCAUCUACGGCGCACUGGAAGGGGUGACUGACAACCUGCGUAGAAUGAGGACAAGCAUCGAUCGAGCCUCAGACGAACUCGAGAUGCACGAGCCCAUAGGCACUGAUGUCAACGCCAUCAAACGUCUGCAAGACGAACUCAAGAACAUCCCUUCAGAAAAUCAAUUCCAGCAUGGCGUCCUAGAGAACCUCUCCAAGCGUGUUGCCGCAGUAACCAUGGAUGCCCAGGGGCUCAUACAGGGCGCUGCACCGGGCGUGGACACAGCUGGGCUCGAGUCUGACCUUGACUCCUUGAGGGACAAGUGGAACAGCCUGAACUCCAAGGUAUCGGAGAGGGACCGUAAUCUUGACAACGCCAUCCUUCAGUCAGGCAAGUUCAAUGACGCCCUACGUAACCUCAUUGACUGGAUGAAGGAGACAGAAGACCUCGUAGCCAAUCAGAAACCUCCAUCACCGGACUAUAAAGUCGCAAAGGCUCAGCUCCAGGAGCAGAAGUUCCUUCUGAAAAUGCUGGACGACAGAGCUCCGAACGUGAAAUCAGUGAAAGAGUCUGGAGAGACACUACAACUCAACCUGGAGGCUAAAGAACGGCAGGCCAUCAAGAACCAGACGGCGCAACUUGACAAGCGCUGGAGUGACCUGAAUUUCCGGGCCGAACAGCGGUCCCAGACCCUUGAAAACAUCGUCAGCAUCGCACAGGAGUUCCAAGAAGUGCGGGAGCCGUUGGUUGGCUGGCUUGAUGGAGCUGAAAAGAGGUUUGCAAGUUUGGAACCGUCCACGAUGGAUGCGGAUAAUAUUGAGAAGAUUAUCAAAGACCUGGUUGACCUUGGAAAUGAGAUGAACCUUCAGGAUGAAAAGACGAAGAAACUUGCGCUCGUUGGAAAAGACCUUCAAAACCAUUGCAAAGGUGAUGAUGUAAAGAACGUACAGCGGAAAAUUGAUGAUAUCCAGACUCGAUAUGGUGAGCUCAGUGACAAAUUAACAGACAUUCUGGAGCAAAUGGAGGAAGCUUUACCACUGGCGAAGAAUUUCAAUGAGACCCACGCAAAGUUCAUUGACUGGUUGGUUAAAAUGGAGCCAAAAACAAAGCAGCAAGAAGGAAAUGAAAGUGAAGAUCAGGUUUCACAACUUUUGGAAGAGAUGAAAGAAAUCGAGCCACUUCUGACGGCUAUGAUUGAAGUAGGGGAGAAGCUGUCAGACCUUGCACCAGGCGACGCAGGGUUCAAGGUUGAGGACACUGUAGCCAAGGACAAGAAACGCUUCGAGGCAAUCAAUGAGGCCGUGCAGGCCAAGGCAGACAAGUACCGCGCUUCGAAACUGAAAAACGCAGAAGUGAUGUGCACAAUAGACGACCUUUUUGAGUGGUUCACCGAUGAGCAGAAGUUGUUGCAAUCAUGUGAGUCUAUCAGCUGUGAUCCUGCGCAUAUCCAGAAACAGCUGGCUGAACAGAAGGCAAUCAAUGACGACAUCAAUGCCCAGAAAGCCAAGGCCCGCGAUACCAUAGCAACGGGAAAACGCCUAAUUCGGGAGGGCUCCGUGGAGGACGAGACUGGUUUCAACUGGAAAAUGGAGCAACUUAAGCAACAGAGUGACACAGUUGCCAAGCUGGGCACCGACAGACUGGUACAGCUUGAGCAGGCAUUGCCCAUGUCAAGGACGUUCAAAGACGCGCACCAGGACCUGGUGAAGUGGUUCCAGGAAGUGGAACCCAUCAUCGCCGAGCUCGCAGUCAUGUCCAUUAACCAGGACACUGUGAAGAAACAGCAGGACAAGAUCAAGAUCCUGAAGCAGGACCUGCAGGACAACAAGCCCCUGAUGGACAAGCUCAACAAGACGGGUCUGGCCCUUACCAAGCUGGCCCUGAGUCCUGUAGAUGUUGACCUCCUUCAAGAGACCAUGGAGAAUGACAACAGGCGCGUGGAGGACAUACGGCGGGGAGUCAGAGAGCGAUCCAUGUCCAUAGACGAGGCCCUGCAACAGUCGGCAGAGUUCACAGACAAGCUGGAAAACAUGUUGGAGGCAUUGACCAGUACAGAGGAGCAGGUCACCAAUGCCCAGCCAGUGUCUGCACACCCAGACAAGAUACGAGACCAGAUCUCAGACAAUAAUGCUCUGAUGGAGGAGAUGACCAUGCGACUGUCUGCACUGGAGUCCGUGCAGGUUGCAGCAGAGGAACUGAUUAAGCAGGCCACAGACUCACAGGACGAUGCAGUGAAAGAUGUCAAGGCAAAGUUGCUGGACCUCUGUGACCUAUACGAGAGAAUCAAUGCGGCAGCUGCAGAGCGCAACAACCGCCUGGAGGAGACGCUGGAGGUGUCGGACCGGUUCUGGGACGAGCUUCACCAGCUGACUCGCUCCCUGAAGGACCUGUCUGACACGCUGGCCUCCCAGGAACCCCCAGCCCUGGAACCGAGCCUCAUUAAGGAGCAGCAGGAGACGCUCGAGGCCUUACGUGAGAACAUAGAAGAGACCCAGUUUGACCUUGGGGAGGUGCAGCAGACUGGGGAACAGCUCAUGAACCUCUGUGGGGAGCCAGACCGGCCCGAGGUGCAGAAAAACAUUGAUGACCUUGACACCAACCUCCGCACUAUCAACAGCGACUUUGAGAAGAGGUCAAGGUCACUGGAGGACGCCCUUGAGAGGUCACUGCAGUUUCAGGACGAGCUCAUGAAAAACCUUGUGUGGCUCCAAAAGCGAGAAGACACUUUGAGAGACAUGGGACCAAUUGGAGGAGACUUUGAUACCAUCAAAGAACAGUGGAAUAAAGUCAAGAACUUCAAACUUGAGGUUGAUCCGAAGCAUGCUGACAUUGAAGCAUUGAACCAGAAAGCUGAAGAACUUGUAAAGGACUCCAGCCCAGACCAGGUGGUCAUUGUGAAAGAGCCAGUGGGCGCGGUCAACAAGCGUUGGGAGGGGCUGCAGGAGGGCAUCAGUGACCGUCAACGAGAGCUGCAGUUGGCCAUGUUAAACGUGGGACAGACUGAGCAUGCACUGAACGAACUGCUAGCCUGGCUUGACAAGACCGAACAGAUGCUUGACGAGAACUCACCAGUGCUUGGAGAUAGGAAACUUGUAGAAAUUGAACUGGCCAAACACAAGGUCUUACAAAACGACAUUCAUUCCCGUGAGCCAAGCGUGCGUUCAGUGCGUGAGGCGUGUCAGAUGGGGUCAGAACGAUCGGCUACGUCACGCCGCAAGGUGGACGACAUGAUGCGAAUGUGGAACACAGUACAGGGGAAGAGUAAGGCUCGACAGCAAGCCCUCGAGGAGGCCCUUAAAGAGGCCAAGUCCUUCUCAGACAACAUGGAGAAGAUGAUUCAGAGACUCGGACAGAUUGAGGGAAUGUUGAUCACGUCUCGACCGGUUGGGGGCCUGCCAGACACUGCCAGAGAUCAGCUAGACAGAUUCAUGGAGGUGCACAAUGAGCUGCAGGACAUGGAACCAGCAGUUGCUAGGUUACAGCAGGACGGUGCCCGGCUCAUAGCCAAGAGCAUGGACCCAGCUUCUGGCACCAUUAAACAGAACCUGCAGAGGUUACAGGCCACCUGGGAGCAUGUGAAGACGCGUUCAGUGGACCGCAAGGACAAGUUGGAGCAGGCUGUGAACCAGGCCAACAAUUUCCAUGGCGACCUGAGUGAGUUCACGACCUGGCUGCUAGAGGCUGAAAAUACACUUAAAAAUAUGUCUGCUGUGAGCCGCGUCAUACCGCACGUGUCCGAGCAGAUCAUGCAACACAAGACUUUGCAGCAAGACAUAGCUACUCACCGAGACCAGAUGAUCAAACUGGACAAGACCGGUACCCACCUGAAGUACUUCAGCCAGAAACCUGAUGUGGUUAUCAUAAAGAACCUUCUGUCGAGCGUACAACAGCGCUGGGAGAAAAUUGUAUCACGCAGCGCUGAGAGAACAAGACAUCUUGAACGCGGCUACAAGGAGGCUAAACAGUUCAGUGAUAUGCUUGGAGACCUGAUGAGCUGGCUGACCGAUGCAGAGGAGGCACUGACCAAUGCUCAGACCAUCGGAAAUGACCCCAUCAAGAUCAAGGUCAUGAUUGCCAAACACAAGGAGUUCCAGAAGAGUCUUGGCUCCAAGCAGCCUGUGUACGACAAUGUAAACCGCACAGGCCGCUCACUGAAGGAGCGUUCCCCGGACCAGGACAUGCCCGUCUUAGACAGGAUGCUGAGCGACUUGAAACAUCGCUGGAACAAUGUGUGCGGAAAAUCUGUGGACAGGCAACGUAAGCUGGAGGAGGCGCUGCUGUUCUCUGGUCAGUUCAGUGACGCCCUGCAGGCCUUGCUGGACUGGCUGGCCAAGGUGGAGCCCGGACUGGGAGAGGACCAGAUGGUGCACGGAGACAUUGACACCGUCAAUAACCUCGUGGAGGAACACAAGGCCUUCCAGCAAGAGUUAGGAGCGCGGUCCAACAACGUCCAGUUUGUGCGCAAGCGUGCCAAGGAGAUGCUGGAGAAGUCUGAGGAGGACACGUCCCAACAGCAGGCCCAGUUGAUAGAGCUGGCCACCAUGUGGGACCGCGUGUGUAAGCUGUCUGUCUACAAGCAAGAGAGGCUUGAGCAGGCCCAGAGGCUGGCUGAAGAGUUCCACAAGAAAGCACAGGGUCUGAUCGCAUGGCUGGCAUCUGCUGAGCGCCAACUGCGCUACAAGGGGCCACUGCCAGACGAUGAGGGCGAGAUCGUGAAGCAGAUAGAAGAGCACAAGGCGUUCGAGGAGGAAUUCCUGAGACAGGAGGGCGUGUUGAGGGAGACCCUGAACAUCGGGCAGGACAUCAUGAAACGCUGCAAUCCUGAUGCUCUCUCCACGCUCAAACAUUGGUUGUCUGUGCUGCGGUCACGCUGGGAGGAGGUGAGCAACUGGAGCAAGCAGCGAGGUGACCGACUACGUAACGGCCUCGCCCUUCUACGCCGCAACAACCAGCUGUUGGAGGAGCUGAUAGCCUGGCUCAAUGGAGCGGAGACAAGACUCUUCAAUGAGAAUGCUGAGCCCAUUCCAGACGACGUGGAUGUUAUCCAUAAGCUUCUUACCGACCAUCAGGAAUUCCAGAAUGAAAUGUCAACCAAACAGCCAGAGAUAGAGCAGGUCACGAAGGCAGACCGACGUCAACGCACCUCUUCGGUUGCCGGGGAGUCUGUAUCCCAGAUACCCCUGUACAAGGGGUUGUCGGGCAGACGUACCCCCACACCUGUGAAGUACGGCCCUGGAAGGCGCAGUGUAACUGACGAUGGUCGGCGCACACCAGAGUCCAACUACAAGAACCCUCGUGUUGGCGCUCUGAACAUCAAGUGGCGUCAGGUCUGGUUCUCGGCUUACGAGAGGCAGCGUCGUCUACAGGAGGCCUUGGACUACCUCAAUGAGCUUGAACGCAUGAAGAAUUUCAAAUUCGAUGACUGGCGUAAACGCUACCUUACCUGGAUGCAUCACAACAAGUCGCGCAUCAUGGAUUUCUUCCGUCGUCAAGACCGUGAUAGGGACGGCAAGGUCACUCGACAGGAAUUCAUUGAAGGAAUAAUGGCAUCACGUUUCCAGACUACACCGAUGGAAAUGGAGGCAGUUGCAAAUAUUUUUGACAAAGACGGAGAUGGCUUUAUUGACUACAAGGAAUUUGUGUCAGCACUGCGACCCAAUAGAGAUACGACUAAAGGCGCUUCUAGUAAAAAGCCUGAGCCAGUUAACGACUCUGAGAUGAUUAAUGAUGAAGUGAAGCGCCAGGUCCACAAGUGCACGUGUGUCAAGCAGUACCGCAUCCAUAAGAUUGGGGAAGGAAAAUAUAGGUUUGGUGACUCCCAGAAGCUGCGUCUUGUGCGAAUCCUUCGCAGCACUGUCAUGGUGCGUGUGGGCGGCGGAUGGAUGGCUUUGGAUGAGUUUCUAGUCAAGAACGACCCAUGCAGAGAUUACGGAUUGUUGCUCAAGAUAUUUUAUAACAUUGGUGUAUGGCGCAAGAACAGAUUUCGGUUCAAAUAUCGCGCAGCUUUGGCCCAGGCAAAAGGUCGGACAAACACAGAGUUGCGCGAACAGUUCACUCUGGCAACUGGCGUGAGUCAGUCAAUGGGUGUGUUUACAUCAAAGAGUCCCGGAGGAAGCUCAUACUCUGGCAGUUCUACGUACUCUGGGGCCACGUCACCGUACGGGAGUGCCCGGUCACCUAGCAACGCCAGUCAAGGACCAAUCAUGAAGGUGCGUGAAAAGACAGUAUACAGCGCCCCUUGGCGGACCAACAUGGCGCGGCCGGGUCCAGACGGGGAGGUCCAGAACAUCCUGUCCACGCCCAAGUCACGUCUUCACCGCCCAGACCUCUUCAGUCCGCGCACCCUGUACAGCCCAGGAACACCAGCCAGUCGCAGUUCGAGCCGGGCAAGCACAGGAAGUCGACCCUUUAGCCCAACAGGAAGUGAAACAUCAGAGAUUAGUGAGCCUGAAGUGUUUACCACUGUUCAAAGCGAGACUCGGACCGUUGGUGGGCGUAACGAGACAACACGCACAUACCAGACACAUGUCAUGCAGACAAGAACCGUUCCGGGGCCCAGUCGAUCAAACACCAGCACACCAACUAAAAUGUCAAAAAUACCAAAAAUGACUCCUAAGAAGCGAUGAUAACGAACAAGAGACUUGAAAUUCAAAAGGAUCUGCAGUCUUUCACUUUGACUUCUCACAUUUAAAAACUGAUGGACAGUGUUGUAAUUCAGUGAUUUGGGAAUUUACGCUGUGACUUAUAAUAAACGGAAGUCUUAAUUUUUUUCUUUUAUUAUGUUUAUUAAUAUACCCGUCAUUUUUUAUAUAGAUUAUAUGAUUUCAUGAAAAGUGGAUGAACAUUGCACAGACUGAAUAAGUUGUAUCGUCUACAGAGAAGUACACAUGACAUCGUCUUGACAUUAAGGCAUUUAUGCAUUCCAGUAAUAUGUGACUUUUGUUGUAUGUUCAUUUGUUUUCCUUAUAUUUGGCUGCAAAUGUUGGAAGUUAUUUCUGGGACCAAAUAUGAUUAUUGGUAACUUACUAACAUUAAGGAUAAUGUUAUAUCAUACUGACCCAGAAGUUGUUUUGCCGAAUUGCUUUCUUUGUUAUCAUGUUGUGGCCAACUUAUUGUACGGGGUUAUAUUAUUUUGCAUAAAUUGUUGCAUCAAACAUGUUAAGUAGGAGCUUAUAUACAUAUUAAUUGAUGCUAACCUGCAAAUACCUGCAACCCCAAGGCUAGUUGGUGUUACUGCACCAAUAUUGGUGCUGAUACGUUAAUAGCUAUUUGUAGAUUUAUUACUGUACUAUGCAUUUUGCUCAUUUUGUAUAGCUUUUCACGCUUUAUACUUACGGUUUUUCAAUUAUAUUAUGCCUUUUUUUGUUACAAUGUUAUGUUGUGUUUUAUUCCAUGUUUUGUUUUCUUUAUAUUGUGGCUUCACUUGAAAUAUUAAUUUGGUUCUCUAAUUAGGCAUGUAUUUAUCGCAAACUUGAAAAAAUUCUUCACUGAGGUUGACAACAAGCGGGGACACUUGUUAUCUACCUGAUGAUUUUUAAUACCGGUAUUGACUCCUCUAAGGAAAUGUUGAUUGGCUGUCCUUAACAACUCCCAUUGAUUUACUUGGGGACUUUUGUAAGUCAGUGUGACUUGUUGGUAUAGUUUGCUAAAUUUUGACAAUGAAUUUCUUCUUUUCUCUCGAUAUGGUUUUGUGUUCUUAUAGUCUGAUGCCAUGAAUUAAGGUUGUGUGAUUAUCGUGAUUUUGAAUUUUGAAGAAUUUGACUGUAUAUCUAAUUUAUUAAACGCAUGCAAUCAUGUUGCAUGAAAUGUGUUGACAUAUUUUAGUAAAUGUAAAUGUAAUACACAUAUAGGCUUGAAUGGGUGAUACUAUAGAUUUAACUGUACUGUUAGUAUAUCAACAUAUUGUACAUCAGAGGUGUGGAUAUUAUUGUGAAAUAUUUAUAAUGGAAAGUAUUUAUAAAUACAUUUCUACUUAAAAAUUUGUAAUUUAAAAUAUGCCACUGGUUGUAUUGUUUGCAAAUUGCUAAGCAGUGUAUGAUUUUAUGAUUAUUAUAAUGGCGGAGUGAUAUAUGCUUGACUCUACCGAUCAUAAGUAAAGAAUCUCAAAAAUUA